UAUUUGUGAAGGGUUUUCUUUCCCAGUGUGCAAUAUCUUAUCAUGUCUAUCAAAAAUGUGUUUUUUAUUCUGGCAGCCAUUUGUGUCAUGGUCUCGGUAAACGCUCAACUACCGCAGUUUCCGGCUCCAUUUCCUUUUCCUUUUCCAUUUCAACCAAUUCCGGGUCUGCCAGGAUUACAUGAUAUUACAAAAUGUUGGUCAGUGGUGAUGGAUAUUCCUGGAUGUGUUACAGAGAUUUCUCAAUCCAUAUUUACAGGAAAGUUUGGUAACAUAGGUCCUGCUUGUUGCAAAGCAUUCUUGGAUGUCGAAGCCAAUUGCAUACCGAAACUUCCAUUCAAUCCAUUUUUCCCUCCUAUGCUAAAGGAACAAUGUUUAAGAAUUGCCGGUUCAGCUCCUCCUACCAUAAAAUAG